CCUGCGCACGUGGUGCUUCCGGCGAGCGCUCUGCCCCCGCCGCGACCCGGUUGUUUGGGGUCGCGCGGGCUGGGUACCGGGCGUGAGUUGGGGGGCGGGUGCCAGUCCAGGCCUCGGUCGCUGCGCUCCGGCCCUCCUGUCCCGGAGCGGGACCUCGAGUGAGCCCACCCGCGCCUCCAGCCAUGACUUCUCUGCUCGCCAAGGACGCCUACCUGCAGAGCCUGGCCAGGAAAAUCUGCUCCGGGCCCACCCCGGAGCCGCGGCAGCGCAAGCCGGCGGGCAGAACUCAAGGCUCAGAAGCUGCUGGGCCCCCGAGAAAGAAGAGGAAGAGGGCACAGAAGAAAUCCCAGGAGCGGGAGGAGAAGGUUGUGGAGCCCAAGGCCCAGGCCCUGGGGGAGAAAUCUCAGGCCACUUCCCGGGCUAGAAAGCCAGCAGCAGCAGCAGCUGCGGAGGAGAAGGCCGGGGGCCCUUCCGGGGCCCUUGCAGGUGGCCCGGCCACAGAGCCUGAGUCCUUCUUUGCCCUGGAUGUUCUGCGGCAGCGGCUGCAUGAGAAGAUACGGGAGGCCCGGGGCCAGGGCAGCACGGAGGAGCUGUCCCCCACCGCUCUGGAGAAAAGACGGCGGCGGAAGCAGGAGCGGGACCGGAAAAAGAGGAAGCGGAAGGAGCUGAGAGCCAGGGAGAAGGCAGCCAAGGCGGCGGAGGCCGUGGAGGCUGCUGCGCCGCCACCGGAGGCGCCCAGCGAGGAGGCCCCUGAAAAGCCGGGGCUGUUGUUCAACAAGGUGGAGGUGAGCGAGGAGCCGCCGGCCACCAAGGCACAGCGCCGGCGGGAGAAGCGGCAGAGGCUCAAGGGCAACCUGCCGCCGCUGACCGGGAAGAACUACCGGCAGCUGCUGGAGCGGCUGCAGGCGCGGCAGAGCCAGCUGGAGGAGCUGCGCGGGCAGGACGCAGACAAGGCGCGGGAGCUGGAGAGCAAGAUGCAGUGGACGGCCGCGCUGUACCGGGCGGAGGGCGUGCGCGUCCGCGACGACGAGCGCCUGCUGCAGGCCGCCCUGCGGCGCAAGGAGAAGCGGCGGGCGCAGCGGCAGCGCCGGUGGGAGAAGCGCACGGCCCAGGUGGUGGAGAAGAUGCAGCGGCGGCAGGACCAGCGGCGCCAGAACCUGCGCAAGAAGAAGGUGGCCAAGGCCGAGCGGCGCCUGGAGAAGGCCCGCAGGAAGGGCCGCGUGCUGCCCCAGGACCUGCAGCGCGCUGGCCUGGCCUGAGGGGCGGCCGCGCCGCGUGCGCCUGCGCCACCAGCGGGGCCCUGGGCCGGCC